AGAAAUGGAGAGGGAAAAUAUUUAGCGUUCUUCAACCAUUUAAGGGAAUUAAUUCUUACCCGGAAGUGAAAAAAUAAAAAUGGCCGCCAUGUCUGAACCGUUACACUUGGACAGAGACAUCAACAGAGCUAUAGAGCUGCUAGAUGCUUUGCAGAAAAGUGGUCAGGUACCUCCCCAGAAACUUGCAGCCUUGCAGCGUGUAUUACAGAGUGACUUCCUGAAUGCAGUGAGAGAAGUUUAUGAAAGUGUGUAUGAGACGGUAGAAAUCUCUGGUAAUCCUGAAGUGAGGGCCAAUGCUACAGCCAAGGCAACAGUGGCAGCUUUUGCCGCGAGCGAAGGUCAUGCUCACCCUCGUGUAGUUGAGCUGCCGAAAACAGAGGAAGGUCUCGGCUUCAAUGUUAUGGGUGGAAAAGAACAGAACUCGCCAAUUUACAUUUCACGUAUUAUACCUGGGGGCCUGGCUGACAGACAUCAAGGUUUGAAGAGAGGUGACCAGCUCAUAUCUGUUAAUGGAGUGAGUGUGGAAGGGGAACAUCAUGAGAAAGCUGUCGAACUUCUAAAACAGGCACAAGGCAAAGUUCGACUUGUUGUGAGAUACACUCCUCGAGUGUUGGAAGAAAUGGAAGCCCGAUUUGACAAAACUAGGUCAUCGAAAAGACGCCAGACUCCAUGAACAAUUAAAUAACUUUCACUGAUUCAUUAGUGUUUCAAGUCUAAAUUUUAUACAAAAUUUGGUUUGUAUAGAUAGUGUGUUGUAUCACAAAUCAGAGAAACCUGUUCUCCUAUAAAAUCAAAGUUGGUUACUGGUCUAUGCUUUAUGUCUUUCCUAUAAGAUAACUAAUUAUACACAUAUAUAAAUUAUGAUAUAAAUUUUUAUCUUAACAUUAAGAUCUGGACAAAGAAAAAACCCAACAAUACUAGGUUUUCUUUUUCUAAAUUUCAGACCAGAAACACUAAUCAAUCUAAAAGUUUGUUUCAAUUAGUCAGUCAGAUUUUUUUUACUAUAAUUAUAUUAGGAUAUGGAAUAAAAGAACCAGAGAGCAUUUGUGUAAUAUGUCAGAAGUCUUUUUACUGUUUUGUGUUAAAAAAAAGCUUCGGUUGUGAAUUUUAUGCAAAUAAAUGACUGAAUAAGAUAAAGGAAAGGAACAAAAUAUCACAGGCUGGGGGGAAAAAAGCAAAAUUUAUAUAUAUAUAAGAGUAAUACAAGUACAUGUAUAUGAUUUUCACUGCCAUAGGCUUGUAACUGAGAAUGAAAGGUGUUUUCCUAGAAUACAUGUAUAAUAAUGGUAUGUCUCUUAUUAUAUUUGAAUGUGUUUUUCAUAUUUGUGUUGUGUUAGAGAAUUUAUAUUAAUAUUUUAAGCAUUCCAUAGCUAGAGCACUAUCAGAUUCAUUCAUUCUUUCAAUUGUCAUUGUUAGUAAUAACAAGCUAUAUUUUGAUGCAAUAUCAAAAAUAAGUAAAAUGUUUCUUUUUAUCUCCUUUUUCAUUUUUUUAUAUCCUUUUUUGAGAUUGGUUUAAUUUAAGAAAGUUAUUUCAAGACUGGUAUAUAAGCAAGGAAAUUAAUAUUUUACACUCAAUGAUAGACUCAUUAAUUAACAAAUAGGUGUAAUCAAGGUCUUCAAGCAGUUUAUACUAAGAUUCUUUUUUAUUAAUCAGUAUAUCAUGUUACAGAAUUAAGGCAAAAGAAUAUGUUUGCAAAGGUGAUAGCCUGUAGUAUAAACCUCAGAGCAUCUUAUUUGGAAAAGUGAUAAAAGAAUUUUAAUAUGAUAAAGAAAUAAUAUUGAUAAAAAAUGAAUGCACUGAAUUCUACAAGAUUGUUAUUGAGUCACAUCGAAUUUUGCGCUAUUGGUAGAUUUUUAGCUCACCUAAGUACAGAGCUAUAUUAGCAUUGUACGACCUUGACUGACUGAAGACCUUCUGCACUAUGGAAAUUACUUCCUUUGCCAGCAAGUUCUCAGGUGAGCAAUGUAAAGCCAUAGACUAUUGUGGUCCUCUUGUUUCGGACUUUCCACUAAUUUUUUUAACAGAAGUAACGCAGAUGACAUUUUGAAUUAUAGUUAUACACAUUUAAAUAAAUUUUACAUUGAAAGAAUGCAUGUAAUUGACUAAAGCAAUACAUAGUAUAUCAUUUAUCAUAUAUUUACCAUUUUUAUUGUAAAAUUUAUCAAUUUAUUGUACAAAUAAAAUAUUUACAAAUUUAGAA